AUGGAUUCAUCUCUGCGAAUGCUUGUCAAUGAGUGGCUACGUCUCGAUCAAGAUGUCACCACACGGUCAGAGGUUGAGAAACUUGCCGCCGAGAACAACGUAGCUGAACUCCAACUGCGACUCCUCAAGCGUAUCGCCUUUGGUACUGCUGGAUUGCGUGGAAGGAUGGAGGCCGGCUUCUCACGCAUGAAUUCUCUCACUGUCAUCCAAGCUUCGCAAGGAUUGGCCGAGUACCUGCUCAAGACCAAUCCUAUCGUCAAAACACAAGGUGUCGUUAUCGGAAGAGAUGCCCGUCAUAACUCUAACAAGUUCGCCAAAUUGGUCGCUGCCGUCUUUGUAGCAAAAGCCAUACCCGUCAAAUGGCUGGGCCAAGUACACACCCCGCUUGUACCAUACACUGUCGCAGCCGAUAACGGCUACAAAGUGUACUGGGGAAAUGGGUGCCAGAUCAUUCCGCCACACGACGCUGGCAUUGCUGCAUCCAUUGACGCGAAUUUGGAGCCAAUCACUUGGGAUGUGAACGUUCUUGAGCACGGCAGCCCUCUUGUGACCAAUGCACUCCAGCAGGUUAAGCAAGGUUACAUGGCUACUGUUGCCAAAAUCGCACUGGUCUCGAGCCCGAGUGCAUCUUUGCCCUUUGUCUAUACACCCAUGCAUGGCGUUGGUCUUCCGUUCUUCACGUCGGUAAUAAAGCAGUUGGGGUUGGAAAGCAAGAUGCACAUCGUUCAAGAGCAGGCCCACCCAGAUCCCGACUUCCCAACUGUACGCUUUCCAAAUCCCGAGGAGAAAGGAGCCCUGGAUCUUGCAAAACAAACUGCAGACCAGAACGGUAUCAAUCUGAUUCUGGCAAACGACCCCGACGCCGAUAGGUUUGCAGCUGCAGAGAAGGUGGAUGCCUAA